AUGGCCGACCCUCUACUCACCUCCCUCUGCGCCAUCUGCCACGUCUCCGCGCCCAAGUACAAGUGCCCCCGGUGCAACAUCCAGACGUGUUCGGUGCAGUGCAUCAAGAAGCACAAGGCGUGGUCGGAAUGCAGCGGCGAGCGCGAUCCCACGACGUACGUCCCGCCGGCGCAGCUGCGCACCGUCGCGGGCGUCAACCAUGACUACAACUUCCUGCACGGGCUCGGCAUGUCCAUGGAGCGGACGGAGCGCGUGUUUGUGCAAGACAAGAAGAUCAUGCGCGAGGAGGACCUGCGCCCCAAGACGGUGAUGCAGCCCAAGUGGACGACGGGCCGCGACGGGCGCAAGAGGAGGACGAUGGUGCCUAGGCAGGGGGGCAACGCGGAGGCCAGGGAGAAGAGGUUUGAGCGGCACCUGGCGCACAGGCUCAGGCAGCUCAACGUGCACGUCGUGUGCGCGCCGCUGGGCAUGGCGAGGCAGAAGGAGAACAACACCACGUUCAAUCGCCGCACGGGCACGGUCAACUGGCAGGUCGAGUGGCUCCUCCUCGACGGAGACGAUCAAUUCGCAUCCGAACACCAAACCCAAGCGGUGCCGACGCGGAUUCUUUCAAAAGUACUCGAGGAUACACCGCUUCACCGAGCAUUCCAGGAAGCGCGGAGCGAGAGAAAGAAGGCUGAGACGGGACAACCGAGGAAGGCGAUGAGCGACGAACGAACGAGCGAACCUCAAGAGCCAUAUACGUCCAUCUGGAACUAUCUCGCCUAUCCAGUUCAGGAAGCCUCGUCCGGCCGCUGGGUACCCGGACGGGGCGCAGAUGCCGAGACGCAGGCAGACCUACCGCGGCACGAGUUUCAGUUCUACCUCGCGGGGCCUCCGGCGCGAUCUGACCUUCCACGGACCGUGACGUCGCUAGAGACGGAGGACUGCCUACGGAAUAUCCUCUCCAACACGACAGUCCGAGAGUUCCCCACCGUGUACGUGCUGAGGAGCGGCAAGGCGCUUCCCGCCAGCUUCACCCUGGGGCCGAAAGAGGCGGCGCCUUUGUGGCAGGGCAAGAAGCGCGCACCAGGACCCGAGCGUGGCGGUGGUGACCAGCGGUCCUCGAAGCGGCAGAAAGAAGACAGCAAGGAGAUUGUGAAGACUGAGUCUGGAAGCGAGGAGGGUGAGGCGCUAGAGGACGCUGCGGCCGUCGAUGGGCCUGGGAGCGAUGGAGAGGCUUUGGAACAAGGCGAGGAAGCUGCGGGCGAGGAAGAUGACGAGGUCGAUGAAGACGACGGAGAUGAUUCUACCAGCAGCUCUGGCACGGACAGCGAAUCCGACUGA